AUGGAUAAUUUCCACUGGUUCAAUCAGGCAGCUGGAAUGAAUGGCAGCAGCAAUAACAAAAAUGUAGGCAAUAGGGUUGAUCUGACUCUUAAGUUGGGAUUGCCUGAUUGUGAUCAAAAUCCAGCACUCUACCAGCUGGAGCAGUAUCAUGUUAAUCCUGAUUCAAUGGCCCCAAACCUUUGCUUUUCUAGCCCCAACACUCAGGGAGUGUUUAAUCAAGGAGCAAUCGUUCAAGGUCAACAAAGCUUUAAUGGCGGCCAAUAUGCGUGGCCAUCUGAUCACAUGGCUAGCAAUGUCCAUAACAUGAACUAUGCAAAUGCUUUUAACCAAUUUUCAGGCCCUUCCCUUGGAUUUCCUUCUUAUAACUUUGCCCCUACUCAUCAUCACCAUCAGCUGCUAGCUCCGAGCUUUGUAUCUUCGAGCACGUACACGCUGCUUGACGUUCCUUCUAGGAGAAGAGCCAAUCAACAUCAACGAGAGCUUGGAAGCUCCUCUGGCUCCGGUUCGGGCAAGCCAGGCGAACUACGUCAACACGGUGGCAAAUACAAUGACCCUAACAAGCGAUGCACUAACUACAACUGCAACACCAACGAUACUCCUAUGUGGCGCAAAGGUCCCCUAGGCCCCAAGACAUUGUGCAAUGCGUGCGGUAUCAAGUAUAGAAAAGAAGAGGAGAAAAGAAAAGCAAAAGAAGCCGGAAACAGAGGACAACAGUCAAACCCCAAUGGCUGA